AUGCAGGCUUGCACCGGCACCUACCCGGGGAAGGGCGGGAUCAGCGGGCGGUAUCAGCUCGCCACGAUGAGCUCCGUGUCGAAGGACCGGAUGCUCGGGUUUGCGAAUUUCCCGGGGGGGAACUUCCUUGCCAAGAAGAACCCCGCGGCCGCCGGCGAGUUCCUGGAGAAGAUCCCCCUGGCGGGGUCCGACACCAAGACCGACGAGGUCAAUCAGCUUCGGCACGACCAAGUUGGCCGCGUCUCGAUGCGCAAGGGCGGGGGCUCCUUCAACUUCGUCAUCUCCCCCGUCAAGGACGACGCCCCCUGGCUGGACGAGCAGCAGCGGGUGGUCAUGGGGCAGGUCUCCGAGGGGCUGGACGUCAUCGGGGGGGCCGAGCUCAACAACCUGAAGGGUUACGAGAAGGGCGGCAGCAUCCUCCAGUUCUUGCCGGAGCCCCCGGGCAAAGGCAGCAGCAACGCGUACUUGAAGGAUUCGGACUACCUGCUCGUGCCCGAUGAAAAGGUGCAGAUCUGGAAGUCGAAGGACCUGACCAACAACGUCGAGACCAAGCUGCUGCUCUAA